ACACCGACAGCCCCUCUCUGUGCCCAGGCGCCCGCCAGAGCUGCCGUGAUGGAGCUGGGCAACAUCUCGCAGCCUGUGUACGGCCCUGGCCUCGAGGCACCGGGGAGCAGCACGCCGGGCCUGGUGGGGAUGGUGCAUGGCUUCCUGCGGCUGGUGCAGCCCAAUGGCCUGCCCAUAGAACUGAUCGCAGAUUUUGGGCAAAGUGAGGACACCAGCGGGGACCAAGUCCAGGAGCUCCUGCUCUAUGAACGGGGUUUCCUGGUCUGCAUGGCCAUCGGGCUCCUCUUCAUCAUCUUCGUGCCCCUGGUGGGAUGCUGCUUCUGCUGCUGCCGCUGCUGCGGGAACUGCGGGGGCCGCAUGUACCAGAAGCAGGGCCGGCAGAUGGGCUGCCGACGCCGCGCGCUCUGGGCCUCCGUCCUGCUGGUCUCUGCUCUCCUCCUGGCUGGUGACGCCUGUGCCUUCCUCAGCAACACCCGCUUCUCCCAGGCCGUGCACGGCACCUUCCCCAACAUCAACACCACCGUGGACAACGUCCACACCUACCUGGCCUCCAUCCCCCAGCAAAUAAAUUUUAUCAUCAACAGCAGCGACGUCCCGCUGGACCACACCAACCGCAGCCUCCAGGAUAUCGGGCCCAAACUGGGCGGUAUGAUCGUCUCGGGCAUCAGGAGCAGCACGGAUGGGGCUCUGGGAUCCCUCCAGAGCCUCUUGCAAGGCUCUUCCCCGCAGAUCCCAGGUGUGGCGCAGCAGCUGGAGGCGCUGGGCAAUGUGUCCGACUCCAACAUAGCGGCCGAUUUAGAGAAGGUUAACAGCACGCUGGACACGACCCCCGCCAAGGUGCAAGAGCAGUCCCAGGACGUGGUGACGAAGACCCAGGACGAGCUGGGCCUCAUCAGGCAGGACAUCAGGAGCUUGCAGGAGAAGUUGCCGUUUCCAGAUGUGGAAGAGAGCAUUGGGACCUUCAUGGACAAUGCUGUAUCGGUGAUGGAGGAGCACAGGGAGCCGGUCAUCACCUUGGAUAGGCUCAGGUGGAGAGUGGGUAUCCUCCUGUGCUGCAUGGUGCUGCUGGUGGUCAUCUGCAACGUUGUUGGGCUGCUGCUGGGGCCCCUGGGGCUGAAGGAAAGCGUGCUGCCCACCCAGCGCAGCAGCCUCUCCAACGUCGGUGGGAACUUCUUCAUGGCAGGGGUCGGCUUCAGCUUCAUCUUCUCCUGGCUGCUGAUGCUGCUAGUGCUGAUCACCUUCGUGCUGGGCGGGAACACCUACAUGAUCGUCUGCGAGUCCUGGCGCAGCCAGCAGCUCUUCCAGCUCCUGGACACCCCUGGCCUGAUCCCUGGCUUCAACCUGUCAGAGCUGCUGGGCCAGGAGGGUGGCACAGCAAACUUCUCGGAGAUUUACAGGCAGUGCCAGCGAGAUGCUGCCCUGUGGCAAACACUGCACCUGGACCAGAGCACAUCCCUGGAUGAGGUCUUGAACAUCAGUGAGUACACAGGAGAGAUCUCCACGGCCUUCGAGAAGAUGAACAUCACCCUCAGCCCCAUCUCACUGCUCAACCAGACCCAGAGGGAGUUGCUGCUGAAUGCCAGCUGGGCUGCACAGCCCCCCGACUUCACCCCCACCCUGGAGCAGCUGGAUCAGAACAUGACCCAGGGAAGCCUCCUAGAUCUGGCUGCAGAGCUGGAGCAGCUGGCAGACAAGGAGGGCACGGAUGUGAAGGAGCACCUGAAGACUGAUGCUCGCAGUCUGAGGGAGCUGGACAAGGAGAUGCAGAUGAGCUUCUCCAGGCCUCUGCAAAGCCUGAAGGAGAACAUCCACUCAGUGCAGAAAGGGGCUGUCCAGCUCGAGGCACAGACGAAAGCUGCGCUGGACAAAGCCAGCGAAACCCAGGAGUUCCUGAAGAGGGAGAUGGUGAACAUCAUCAAGAACGUGAGCNNNGCCUUUCUGGAGGAACUGUUGGGCUUCUUUGAGACCUACAUCUCCUGGGCCAAGACCAGGCUGAUGGAAGACGUGGCACGUUGCAAGCCCAUAGCUCAGACCCUGGAUAACGUGGAGACCAUCACCUGUAACUACAUCCUGGACUCUCUGAACGCCUUCUGGUUCAGCCUGGGCUGGUGCACCUUCUUCCUGCUGCCCAGCAUCAUCCUGGCUGUCAGACUCGCCAAGUUUUACCGCCGCAUGGACAUUGCCGAUGUCUACAGGAAUGAAGCCUUGGAGAUGCCACCCACUUCCAACUUUUACAAAAUCCCCCGGCCGUCCAUGAGGCAUUAG